AUGGGCUCAACAUCCCCUGAGGUGGUCCUUCCUAAUCAGUCCUUGGACUUGACUGUUCUGGGCUUGAACAGUGGAACAUCCAUGGACGGCAUCGAUUGUGCGCUCUGUCGAUUUCGCCAAGAGACGCCUGACUCGGCCAUGCAUUUCGAGUUGCUAAAAUAUGGCGAGAUACCACUUGAACCCGUCAUCAAGAAACGAGUCAUGGACAUGAUUCUCCAUAACAAAACCUCGCCUUCAGAACUAUCAGAGGUGAAUGUGAUCUUGGGCGAAACAUUCGCUUCCGCCGCGCAUCAAUUCUGCAAGGAUUAUCAUGUGGACAUCAAUUCGAUAGAUAUUAUCGGCUCGCAUGGCCAAACUAUUUGGUUACUUUCCAUGCCAGAACCAGGCGAGACACGGAGCGCUCUCACAAUGGCCGAGGGAUGUUUCCUCGCAUCUCGAACUGGUAUCACAUCCGUGACCGACUUUCGCGUAAGCGACCAAGCUGCAGGGCGCCGAGGGGCGCCACUCAUUGCCUUUUUCGAUGCUCUGUUGCUGCAUCAUCCCACUAAACUGCGAGCAUGUCAAAACAUUGGUGGAAUCGCAAAUGUUUGUUUCAUCCCACCCGACACGCAUGGCGGAGUCGAUGAAUGCUACGACUUCGACACGGGCCCAGGCAACGUAUUCAUCGACGCUGUGGUGAGGCAUUAUACCAAUGGAGAGCGCGAAUAUGACAAGGAUGGCGAGAUGGGCGCACGGGGUACGGUAGACCAAGAACUCGUGGAUGACUUUUUGAGUCAUCCAUACUUUGCUUUGGAGCCCCCCAAGACUACGGGCCGCGAGGUGUUUCGAGAUACACUUGCACACGAACUGAUUCGAAAGGCCGAGGCCAAGGGUUUAAAGCCGGACGACGUUGUUGCUACUAUCACUCGUGUCACUGCUCAGGCUAUCGUGGAUCACUAUCGUCGCUAUGCACCAAAGGAUCUCGAGAUAUCCGAGAUUUUCAUGUGCGGCGGUGGAGCCUUUAAUCCUAACAUCUCGGACUUUAUUCAGAAAAACUAUCCAAACACAAAGAUCUUCAUGCUAGAUGCUGCUGGCAUUCCCGGUGGGGCGAAGGAAGCAAUCACUUUCGCCUGGCAGGGUAUGGAAGCCAUAGUCGGUCGCUCGAUCCCUGUCCCAACUCGCGUGGAGACACGACAGGAAUACGUUUUGGGAAAAGUGGCACCUGGCAAGAACUAUCGCAAGGUUUUACGCCAAGGUAUGCUCUUUGGGGCCGAUCGGGAGCAUCUUCCACCAGUGAAAGAGUUGAUCAAUUAUGUGAGUGGUGAAGUUUUCGACAACAAGUGGUAG